AUGUACGAAAACGGAGGUUACAACCCGUACGGACAACAGGGAUUUGCUCCUCCACCAGUAUUCGGUGGUCCAGGAGGCUAUGCUCCGCCAACUGUUCAUGUUCACAAUAACGGAGGGCAUCAUCAUGGGCACCAUCACCAUCACCAUCAUGGAUUACUCCAUGGUCUUGGACAUGCUUUGACUGGAGGACAUCAUCAUCAUCACCAUCACGGUGGACAUCAUUUCGGACACCACCAUCAUCACCAUGGGCAUCACUAG